GUCAUUAAAACGCUUAUAUAUCUUCUCGAACCCCUGUUACAACCAACCGUGUUUGGGCCGUCCAAGUUCAAGCGGAUUUUCUGCCCUCCACUCGGACAAAGCGCAAAAUGUCAGUUACGUUGCAUACAAAUCUCGGCGACCUAAAGUGCGAGAUCUCGUGCGACGAGGCUCCCAAAACAGCCGAGAAUUUCUUGGCUCUCUGUGCUAGUGGUUACUAUGAUGGUACUAUAUUCCACCGAAAUAUUAAAGGUUUUAUGAUCCAAGGUGGGGAUCCAACAGGCACUGGCAAAGGUGGGACCAGUAUUUGGGGAAAAAAGUUCAAUGAUGAGAUACGGGAGUCUCUCAAGCAUAAUGCAAGAGGAAUACUUUCAAUGGCUAAUAGUGGACCCAACACCAAUGGAAGUCAGUUUUUCAUCACCUAUGCGAAGCAGCCACAUCUGAACGGAUUGUACACUGUGUUUGGAAGAGUAAUUCAUGGGUUUGAAGUCCUCGAUCUAAUGGAAAAAACUCAAACUGGACCUGGGGAUCGACCUCUUGCCGAGAUCAGGUUGAACCGUGUAACCAUCCAUGCAAAUCCACUUGCUGGCUAAGACCAAUGUCAUCGGAAAUCUGUCUUCAUUUCUCAGCUCUGACCUACCUGGACUAUUUACCUUGUUGAAUUCCUGGUGGGCUCAGGAAGCAAUUGACACUGAUUGGAUAAAGCUUCUGGAAUACCUUCUCACUUGUGCUUUUGAUUUUAUAUCCAAUUGUUUUGAAGGGAAAAAAUUAAUGAGAAGUUAGUACUUAAUAGGGGUUAUUGGUGCUUAACUGUAAAAUGAUGUAUAGCAGCAGGCUGAAAACCAAAGAUAUGUCCUUGCACUCCUUGACAAUCUGGUAAGAUCCAAGAAAAGCCCCUUCGAAGUUCAGAUUGCAACCUUUCAAUAUAGGUAUAUUAUGAUGUUUGGUAGCUUUAAUGUCA